UUAUUUGUAUACAAACAAAACGUCCGAUCGUUGAUUUGCGGCUAUUAUUGGGUGUAAAAAUCGAUUCGCAUCUUUAUAGCCAGCAUGAACAGAGGAAAAAUAACAUUCGGAAAAAUACAAUUGAAAACGACCACGAAUAAAGAUGAAGAGAAUCCCACAGCUUCCGGAUUCGGUUCGUUCGGUCGAUUCGAAUCAACGCCCGGACCCGGUCCAUCAAGCGCCCUGCAUGCUGCGGAGGUGGAGAAAAUCUCAAACGACUUAGAAAACAGCAAGAUGCAGGAACUGAUGGGAAUAUCCGGAUUUGGCCGGAAAGCCAAACAGUUUGACAUCAACGAAAUGAUCCAGAAGGCAAAAGAAAACGCCCCAAAAGCGGAGUCAGAUGGUAAGGCUAUUCCGCUGCCACCGGCGGAACCAUCGGACGACGAUGACGACAGUGAUGCGGAGAUAAUUGGUCCGAUGCCAACAAUGAUGGCACCGGAGGGGGGUGGAAAGACGAAGCAACGAAAGCGGGAGGGAGAUGGUGAUGAAGAUGACAGUGACGAUGACGACGAUGAUGAGGAUGAUGAUUUUGACGAGGAUGCUCCGAUCAAUAAAAUACCUAAUUCACAUGAGGUCGAAAUGCGGCAUGGCUCGAGGGCGGUAAUUGCACUAGCUGCUGAUACCUCUGGCGUGAGAUUAGCCUCUGGUUCGGUGGAUUAUAAUCUGAAUUUCUGGGAUUUCUCCGGUAUGGAUAAAUCAAUGAAAAGCUUUAGAAGUUUGCAACCGUGCGAGAACCAUCCGAUUAGAGAUUUGCAUUAUUCCAACACGGGAGAUAUGAUUCUGGUGAUCUCGGGAAGUUCCCAGGCGAAGGUGCUGGACCGCGAUGGGUUCGAGAAGAUGGAAUGCGUGAAGGGUGAUCAAUAUAUUACUGAUAUGACCAGGACAAAAGGUCACGUGGCAGGACUGACCGGCGGAAGCUGGAAUUUUAUUAAGAAAGACGAGUUCAUGACUUGUGCGAUGGAUUCGACGCUAAGAACGUGGGUAUUUGCCCGGUCUAAGGAACAAAGAAAUGUUAUCAAAACUAGAGCUCAGGGAGGCUUGAAGACGAUUCCCACUACAUGCACCUAUAACAGAGAUGCGACCCUAAUCGCUGCUGGCUGCAGUGAUGGUUCCAUACAAACGUGGGACACGAGGAAGAUGUUUGUUAAUACGACUCAUUGCGUCAGAGACGCUCAUGUUAAAGGAAGUGACAUUUCGUCGAUUCUUUUUUCUUAUGCUGGAAGCAUAUUAGCAAGCAGAUCAAUGGAUGAGACCCUCAAACUAUGGGACAUGAGAGCAUUUAAAAAACCUCUCCAUGUAUUUGACAAUCUAUUCUCACGCUACGAUACAACUGAUUGUUGCUUCAGUCCGGAUGAUACCAUGGUGCUGACCGGAGAGUCUCUUCCGCAAGGACAAAAGUAUGCAAAUUUGUUCUUUUUCGACACGAAAACCUUCGAGACGGUAACGACUAUUCCCAUCACGGAUUCACAUGUGAUUCGAACUCAUUGGCAUCCGAAGUUGAACCAGAUCUUCCUCGGAUGUGGAAAUGGAAUUAUCCGAGGUCUGUACGAUGAGAAGCGAAGCAUGAGGGGGGCCAAACUUUGCGUGGUUCGAACCUAUCGUCGUAAGAAGGAUGCGGAAGUGAUCGGAGCUGCCCAAGUCAUUACUCCUCACGCGCUGCCGAUGUUCCGUCAGGAGAAGUCUCGCUCGCAUCGAAAAAAGCUGGAGAAGGAUCGUUUGGAUCCAGUCAAAUCCAAGCGACCGGAUUUGCCCAUUACCAGUGGACAGGGUGGGCGUGUUGCCAGUUCCGGAGGUACCUUGUCAUCGUAUGUCAUUAGGAAUCUGGGCCUGAGCAAGAGGGUGGAAGACGAUCAAGAUCCUCGUGAGGCAAUCCUCAAAUAUGCGAAGGAGGCAGAAGAGAACCCUUAUUGGAUUGCGCCAGCCUACUCGAAAACCCAACCGAAGGCAAUCUUUGUGAAUGAAGAUGAGCCGGAAAGUAAGAAAUCGAAGAAACAAUAAAUAAAAAGUCUUAACCCUUCCAGUGAAUCAAA